AUGGAAGGGGUGUGCCUGGAGCGGGUCGUGGGUUUAGAGGUGUCUGUUGGAUGUGUUAUCAGCCUGGGCACCUGGAAGGGGUGGUCCAUUUCAUCAGGCUCCAAACCCACACAUGAUCCCUGGACCAAGACCUCAAAUGCCGACCUGGGAGGCUGGCUGGAACAGCCAGGACUGGCAGCAGUGACACACCCACAGGGAGGCCGAGGAGAGGGGGGAAAGGCAGACCCCUUACUCUCACUGACGGUGAAUGGACUGACUCUGCCGUUCCUUGUUGAUACGGGAGCUACUUAUUCAACCAUCCAAGAAGUUCCUGAUAACACUAAAUUAUCUGGGGACGAGGUCAGCGUGGUCGGCUUCUCUGGGGUUUCAAUGACAUUGCCAGUGACUGUUCCUUUAAAGACUGAAAUUGGAAAGCAAGCAGUGGCUCAUCCAUAUGUCAUUUCAGCGCAGGUGCCUGUGAACUUGAUGGGGCGAGACCUGCUCAUCAAACUGGGAGCUGUGAUCAUGUGUGGGCCUGAUGGUUUAACAGUGACUCUGAAGGAUGGCACACAGCUUCCGUGUGUGGCCACAGGUACGAGAGGACAGUGGCUGCUGUCUGAGGACAUUGAUCGUACAGCAGAAAUCUACUGGGCUCGGCUGACGACCUCUAACGGCAUCCUGGCACACUUCCAACUCUGGCGGCCCUGGAUCAUGGCCCUCGACGUGUAUGCUCCACCCAUUGACCCAUACCACGUGACACUCUUUUAUGAUCGCGAAAACACUGAGUGGUAUGAAGAUCUGUUCCAUGAAUUCCUGGAGGGGAAGGCAUGGCAGGUCUCUACCAGAGAUAUUUAUGUUGGACCGCAGGGGGUAGCAGCCCUGGUCCAUUUGUCGGAGGAACAAAAGAGCUGGUUCCGAAUGAGUGAUGAAUCUGUGCCUCAUGUGUCUCUAGCGGUUCAUUCUGGACAUCAAGCGAAGGACUUGGGUCCCAUGAUGCGAGUAGCUUCACGAGCAAUUGAUUGGCAACUCACACAGACUCCUGAUGUUUCCUUCUCCCCAAGUACUAAAACAUAGAAUUUCAACAUCACACACAGAUGACACUAUGUUGGAACAUCGUCACAUUCGUAGGACACAUGGCAGGGAACUGACAGAUCAUCCAGAGGCCGUUAAAGGCCUCUCACAGUUGCCUCACACACUGUGGUCACAGGGGCCUACGGAUGUUGGCUUAACCACCUGUUCGCCUGUGACCUUUGAACUUAAAUCUGACAUUCCAAUAUGGCGUCCGCAGUACCGACAUUCACCACAGGCAGAGGAAGGCAUUGCAGAGACUAUUGAAGGGCUGUUAAAGGUGGGGGUGUUGGAGCCUUCCACGUCUCAAUGGAACACGCCUAUUUUGCCAGUGGAAAAGCAUGGCACAGGGGUCAACAGUUAA